AAGCACUUGUAUAUAAGUCCCUUUUGUGCUUAAACCCAGAUAUAGUAUCGUGCUCCUCCUAAAAUUGCCUAGAAAAACCCUAGCCUCCCACCCCACGCGAAAAUGACAGGAGAAGCGGUGAACCCAAAAGCAUACCCACUUGCAGAUGCACAGCUGACUAUCACAAUACUGGAUCUUGUUCAACAAGCUGCUAAUUACAAGCAACUCAAAAAAGGAGCUAAUGAAGCUACUAAGACCCUUAAUAGGGGUAUCUCAGAGUUUGUUGUGAUGGCCGCCGAUACUGAGCCCCUUGAGAUUCUUCUCCAUCUUCCUUUGCUUGCCGAAGAUAAGAACGUGCCCUAUGUAUUUGUCCCUUCAAAGCAAGCACUUGGCCGAGCUUGUGGUGUUACAAGACCUGUCAUUGCUUGUUCUGUGACAACAAACGAGGGAAGCCAACUAAAGACCCAGAUACAGCAACUCAAGGAUGCUAUUGAGAAGCUCUUGAUAUGAAAUGUUUUGGAAAUUGCAUUCGGUGUGAUGGGCCUCUUGGAUUGUUAGUGGUUACUCCAGCGGGGCUUUGACUGAUGAGUUGUAUCAUUAGAGAACAAAGCUUUUUUUCUUACAAUGAUCUUUAUUAAUAUUCUUAGUUUUGAGUUAUUCGUUAUGUAUUGUGACAAAGAAUACUCAUGAUGUUUUCCCAGAACUCGAGAUAUAAUUCGUGCUAUGAGGUUAUUAUGUCUUA